GGACCUUUAUAGAAGCAUAAUAUCCGGGGCUAGCACACUGAGAAAAAUAAUUGAAUUUGAAGAUAUUUAGGAAGGUUCACAGCUCAAAAAUGAUUGGUGAGGAAAUGGAGACAUUAGGGUGCUGACUUGAACUGGUAAUGCCCUUAAGAAACAAGAGUGAAAUGAAAUGAAAUUCUGGGGGUUUCAGUUAGGAAGUUAACUGUAGUCAGUACAUCUGCCUUCCUACCAGGCAACUUGCUCCCAGAUGCCCAGCAUGAUACUGCUCAUUCUCUUGGCUCUGAAGCUGAGCUCAGAAAAUGAAACUCCUUUCCAAACAAAUGACUGUGCACAGUUAAUGGAGCAAUGCCUACAGGAUGCAAAUGACUGUGAACAUGCAUGGAGACAAAUGGACGAUGCCUGCCAUGCAUCAGGUGACUCCUGCAAGAUAAAGAAUUCAUCACAUUGUAACCUGGGUAUCCAGUCUUUUGUGGAAACCAAUGUGCAGUUUAAAGAGUGUCUCUGUACUGGUGAUCUACAUUGUACUUUGAAUAAAUUUCUUGGAAAAAAAUGCAUCAAUACGUCAGAUAACAUAAAAGAGGAGAAUAAAUUCAAAGAGAAUCAAACUAUACUUUUCCACCAAGGAUUCGAGUGGACCCACUCCUGUUUGGAAGUGACAGAGGCGUGUGUGGAGGAUGUGGUCUGCAAUACACAUUUGGCCCUUUACCUAAAAGCAUGCUCAGCAAAUGGAGAUCUGUGCGAUGUGAAACACUGCCAAGCAGCCAUACGGUUCUUCUAUCAAAACAUGCCUCUUAACACUGCCCAGAUGUUGGCUUUCUGUGACUGUGCUCAAUCUGAUAUAACUUGUCAGCAAUCCAAGGAAGCUCUUCACAGCAAGCCCUGUGCAGUGAACAGAGUUCCACCCCCUACUUGCCUCAAUGUAAUUCACAGUUGCAGAAAUGAUGAAUUAUGCAGGAAGCACUAUACAACAUUUCUGUCAAAAUGCUGGCCACGUGUGACUGCAAAGUGCAAGGAAGAUGUGACAUGCGCUAGCAUGUUAAAUGGACGGGACCUUACUUGCUCAGGGAGUGACGCCUGCAGAGUAGCCCACAUAGGACUUUUGGGGACAGUCCUUCAGGUGCAGUGUACUUGUAAGGGUACCACACAGCAUGAGGAGUCAUUGUGCAAGACUUCCCAGCAUAUCCUUCAUAGAAAAUCAUGUUUCAAUUAUUCCAGUGUCAAAGGCAUUUCAUUACAGAAAAGAGCACAUGCAAAGAAAAUUACUCUAGAAGGAUUUCAUUCUCCCCUCCAUGGAGAAGUGCUCUAUGCUGUCACGUGCAUGGCAGUGGCCUGUGGCGUCAUGCUUAUGGUGACGCUCAUGCUGAGUGCGGCCACUUGGCCCUCGUUACUCAGAGAUCCAGUAAGAACCAUCACAUCUAAGUUGCCCAAUGCAGCAACUGUUGCUACCACACAGCGAGAUCCAAGGAGACUAACUGCCCCUCGCACUUCAGCCAAGCCCCACCUGACAGCACAGAGGAGCUGGGGAGACCAACAAGAGCGCUGCUUCCACGCUGAACCUGAUAAGCAGCGCCAGGGUGAAGGAGACCCACCCAGAGGACGCUCAACACCCACCUAA